AUUUAAUUAAAAUAAACAAAUUUUAUGAAGAAAAAAUUCUUUAUUUUGGAGAAUCACUGAUUAGAGGUUCCAGUCGAUAUCGAUUAAUGUAGUUGCGUCCAUGUUGAGUACCAGGUAUUCACGUACUAUGUAGGUUAUUUUAUGUGGGUUUGAAUUCUGUUUUGUUUGUUCAAGUAGGAAGACAAGAUUAAAACGUGAUUCGCAGGUGAUGGAAAUUGCAGUCUAAAUUUGUCGUCAAAUUCUUAACAGAGUCGGACACGAAAAAAUGCUGGCAGCAAGGCUUUUUAAGUGCGUCUCGCCAUCGGCGAAAUUGGCCGAGUUCGUGCCAAGGCAGAAUCCUUUUAGGACACAGAAAUUUCAGUUGAGGAAUUACAGCCAGGAUGUGAGGUCUAGGAGGAGGAGGACUAUCGACUGGAAGGCGACUAAGGCAGAAGCUGAAACAGGAACUACAGAUACACCUUUUGCUAUCGGUAAAGCAGCCUUAAUCGGAGGAGGUGUUUGUGGAAUAGGAGCUUUGUGUUACUAUGGAGUCGGGCUUGGCAAUAAACCUGGCUUUAUCGACCAUUCAAUGGUAUGGCCUGAAUAUGUCAAGGAAAGAGUACAGUCUACAUACAUGUAUUUCGGUGGAUCACUCCUUUUCACUAGCACAGCCGCUGCUAUGGCAUUUAGAUCUCCUGUUAUUAUGAAUUUAGUAACUAGAAAUGGUGUAAUUGCAUUAGUUGUGUCGCUUGCCGCAAUGAUUGGCAGUGGUGAAAUUUGUCGGAGAAUCCCUUACUCACCUGGUAUAGGUAUAAAACAAGCGGCUUGGGUACUUCACACAUCCGUAGUUGGUGCAAUGAUUGCUCCAAUCUGCCUUCUUGGUGGACCGAUCCUACUUCGUGCUGCUUGGCUGACAGCUGGAGUAGUUGGUGGAUUAUCUGCUGUUGCAGCGUGUGCGCCGAGUGAUAAAUUUCUCUAUAUGGGUGGCCCACUUGCUAUGGGGCUUGGUGUCGUAAUCGCAUCAUCAAUUGGAAGCUAUUUCUUACCACCCACUGGUCUUCUUGGUGCAAGUUUAUACUCCAUUAGUCUCUACGGAGGACUUUUAGUCAUGUCUGGAUUGAUGUUAUACGACACACAAAGGAUUGUUCACACUGCUGAAACAUUUAGAGAAUCUCCAGGAAGACUUUAUGAUCCAAUUAAUAUGUCGAUUGGAAUCUACUUAGACACAAUCAACAUUUUCAUAAGAAUUGCUGCUAUGCUUGCUGGUGGUGGUGGUGGUAGCAAUAAGAAACGCUAAAGAAAUACAUUCUGUUUCAAGCUUCCAAAAACUUCAUCAGGGAUGAUUUGCUUUUGAAUAGGAAGAUCAUCUGUGAACAAAAAAACAACAACAAAACAAUGACACGCUCUUUAAAAUAAACAUAUAAAUUUAAGCA